CAACAGCCUGCUUUAAACUGGCGACUGCCGACUAUAACUUCUGAAGAGCGAGUUCUUCAAUUUUUGGUUUCUACAUUCUAGUUUUUUCCAACUUUCAAUUCAGUCUUGAACUUCUGUUGCGAUGGAUAAUGAAACCUAUGACGAUGAAAUAAUUAAAGAAAUACCUGUAUAUUUGAGCAAUGAUGCAAUGAAAUUAUUGUUGUUACACUAUCCUACAAGAUUGUCUAAAAACGAUCAAUUACUGUCGUCGAAUGUUACCCAGUGUAAAUAUAAAUCAGAAUGUGAAGAGUUAGAGAUAUCGUAUGCGCUUGACACUGAUAACAAUUAUGAUAAAGGUCAUGGGCAAGAGUUGGCUGCCGAAAUGGAUAAAACGUCCAAAGAUAAAAGCAGCUAUCCCAGCGGUAUGGUUGAUCACUUAAGCUUUGAAUCCCACAAUACAUCAUCAAAUACUACUGAUAUGAUAAUGUAUACAUCUGGAAAAAGUAUUCAUUUAUGUCCACUGAAGAAAACAAUGAACAUGCUCCCUAAAUUAUCUCACAUUGAUAAGAUUGACCCAAAGGAUGAAAGUAAAAAGUCUUCUCAAAACGAGUCUGAGGAGGAAGAUGAAGAAAGUGAACAGAUUAUGGCAAAAUUCAAAGAUAGGCCUGGUAAAAAAAGUGAAAAGAAAAAAAUGCAAGAGAUGGUUAAACAACGAGCAAUGGAACCUUGGAUUGAUUUAAACUUUGUACCAAAUGGACAUUACUUUUCCAGGGGAGAAUUAGAAAAGUUUAUGUUGCCAUAUUCAAAUGGAACUGAUCUAAAAGAUCCUGAUAUAACAAUAACUAAAGUUGAAAAAGAAGUAAUCAAUGAAAAUAUUAAUGCGAUUAGAUCACGUCAAUUAUCUAAAAAUGAAAUAAAAUCAUAUUCUCUUGAGAAAAAAAUAAAAAUACUUUUAUUUAAUGCAAAAAUGAUAUCUACGAAGAUGUUGAUAAAUCUACUGCAUAAAUGUGGUGUGCCAAGUGAUGAAAGUGUUAUAACAAUUUUGACUCAUUUAAAAGAAAUGGCAGUUUUAGUUCGUGGCAAUUGGACCUUAAAGAGUGAAGAACUCUAUCCAGAUAAUACUAUAUCUGCCCAUUUUGGCUUAAGUUUUGAAGUCAUGCGCCUUUUAAGAGAUUAUAUUAUUCACUUAUUGGAUUCUGACCAGAUUGUCAAUCGUAAAAACAUUGGGAAAAUAUUUAAUGCACCACCAGAAGAAGUUAAGGAUGUUUUGAACUCUGUUGCAGUACUGGACAAAACCAAAACGUGGAGACUGCUUGUUACUGACAAUGAUGGAUUUUUAGAAACUGUGGACAAUUAUAAGGAAAUAUGUAAAGAACAAAGUGAUUGGUGGACAACAAGAGUAAAGCAAAUCAAUACCUGGCUUGAACAUAAACCAAAAAAAAAUUCAAUGUAAAUUUUAUUUAUUAAAUACUACUUUGUUUAAUUUUUUUGACCUAUUUUUUCAAAUUUGAAUGUAAAACUUGUAAGUGUGUAUUUAGCUAACUUUAUGUAUAAAGUGAUAUAGCGAUCCAAUGGAUAUAUCUUGGUCAUGAGCAGGGUUAUGAAUUAAAUUAAUUUGCAUGUUGUUUAUAGGUCUAAUACGAAAUCUUAUUUUGCAUAUUUUAUGGGUUAGGACAUAUUGUUGCAUGUUUUCAUGAUUUAUUUGUAUUAAUGCUUAUUUUCUUAAAAUGUUUUUGUUUUUUUCCGGUCUAUCCAGUCUAAAUUGGUCUAAUAAACUCGUACCUCAUAAACCCGAUAGUAAAAUCAUGAUUGUUCUGAUAUCUACAAGUUCGUUAUCACUUAUUCAUAUAUACAUUCGUAAUCUUUUACAAACUAGAAAAAUAAAUAGAUACCUACCUAGUUUUAAUUAUUAUUUAAUAAUUCAAACAAUAUAUUUUUAAAUACGUUUUCAAUAUUUUUACAGAGCACUUUUUUGAAUUUUAAGUGCAUAUCUUAAUUUUUCAGUGUAUAUUUUGCCUGUUUUUAGUGCACAAAUGUAUGUAUAUUUAACACUUUUUAGUGCAUUAA